CAUGGUUUUCAUUGGACAGACUAAAAGCAGACACUAUGGGUGACACCUGGCUGAGGUCAUGUGGGGAUCAAUGAACUCCUGAGCUGCGUUUCGGCGACAUUCCGGAUUGACGCGCACGCAUCGGCGUCACCGUCCGGCGCCCCUGACGGCGGGAGGAAAAGCUCACCGGAGCGCAGCGGCGCAGCAGCAGACAGAUGGUCAGUGUCGGUGUCUAUGUCGGUGAGCGUAACCUAACCUGUAAACUAACCUAUUCACCAUGAGCCACCGGCACCGCGCGCUCAGCUGCCUCCUCGCCGCGCUGCUGCUGCUGCACGGUCCGCGGCGCGUCGCGGAGCUCGCGGUGGCGGCGGAGUACUCUACCAAAACCGACUUGGACUACGAGUUUGGCGACUACCGGGGGAAGUGGUGCAUCGACGACCACGGUUUUGUUUACGGCAUCGGAGAGGUCUAUUACCCGAGCCGCACGGCUUGUCCGUGCACUUGCACCGUGGACGGUCCAGUGUGCGUCCGACCCAAGUGUCGCCGCAUCCAUCCCCAGUGCACGCGGAUCAGGUAUAAGGCAUGCUGUCCGGUGUGCGAGGCUAUGUCCAGGGUCUGUGUCUACAGGGGCAAAACGUACCGACUCCUAGAGGAGUUCAGGUUGUCAAGGUGUGAGCGAUGUCGCUGUGAGGCCAACAGAGAGGUGUAUUGCACCAUUUCAGAUUGCCCUGCCCCUCACUGUGUCAACCCCACCUACGAACCCAACCACUGCUGCCCCGUCUGUAAGGCUGGUCCCAACUGCUUUGCUGGGAACAGGAUUAUCCCAGCCGGGGAGCGUGUGAACAUGGAUGAGCGGACAGUAUGCUACUGCACCUACCGGGACGGGACGUGGCACACCCACCCCCAGGCUACCUGCGAGCAACGCCCCCAGCCCAGCACGACACCCAGCGCCCGCACCGAUACCCCUGGGGAUGAGGACACCAGGGGGAGAGGGGGGAGGGCAUUUAUUCCCAGACUGGAUGUGAUACCGUGAAGUUUUCGUUAAAUAAAUGUCUUAUAGAUGGCAGAGCUGCUCUACAGGUACAAACAAACUCUAACUGUAUCUAUUAGUAUCAGGAGAGAUAAACUGGGCUUCAAUACCAUUACUCAAACUGCACAUUUAGGUUUUACACAACCAUUGAGAAUAUUUCAGUGGAGGUCUGUGUAAAACAAAUGUGGAGGUCAAACUGAUAAUCUGCAGUUGGGGUCAAGGUUAAGAAGGAACUGUUGGGUGAAACUGGCAACACCCUUAGGGAAAAAAAUACUUCAGACACCUUCAGACACUUGUUAUUUUUUUAUGGAUUCUUAAUAUUUUCAGUUUUAUUGUAGGUUCAGGUUCCUGGCUAUCAUUUGUAGCCACACUAGCAUGAUGGCUGUAAUGAUGGCAGUGUCAGUCUGUCGGUGCACCACUGGUCCAGACUGAAAUAUCUAAACACCUGUUGGAUGGAUUGCCAUGAAUGUUUGUACACAUAUUCAUGAUCAAGAGAGGAUUAAGUCUACUGACUUUGAUGAUCCCUUGACUUUUCCCCUAGUGCCACCAGUAGGUUUACAUUUUUGUUUUUUAGUUACAUGUUGACAACUGUUGGAUGGGUUGUCAUGAAUUUUGGUACAGACACUCAUGUCCCCAUCAGGAUGAACUAAUAAUAACUAGUAAUAACUUUAGCAACACCGUCACUUUUCAUCUAGUGCCAGCAUCAGGUCAAAUUUUUAAAUCGUCAUUUAUGAUCAAA